AUGGCGGUCGAAUUGUCCCCCUCGUCAAAGCCACCUGAACAGCAAUUUUCCAUUACAACACUCAUCUCGCGGUUUCGAACCAAGAAAAUAGAUAAUAAAAGCAACUCCCCGGAACGAGAACGUGCUCAAAGAGACUCAAGACCACCACUUGUUGCGUCACCGCUUCCACUCGUCCUCCCCAAGCAUCAACAAGCUCUACCAAACCUUGGCUGGACGUCAAUUACGUUCCCCCAGCCAUCAUCUCUGCCAAAUUCAAAUUCAAAUACAACGCACUUUCCAAACGCAUCAACAACGGAACAAAUACCUGGCUUACAUCCUCUACAAGUUGCCUACGAAGACCUAUUCGCAGCAAGCCAAGCCUUCUUCAACCAGCCCGACUCUUCAAAACAGCAAUGGAAACACCGUCUCGGAUCGGAAGAAGGCUGGUCUGCCAUUCCUGGGGAGAAAGAGUUCAUUACACUGAGGACGUUGGAAUACUGCCCCGAGGUCUUGAGGCAGCCGGCGAAGAAGUACUGGGAUCUCAUGGGAGAGCACUUGUCCAAGACACUCGGUCGAAUAUCCACAUCCCUAGGCCUACCGGACGACGAACAGGCAGGGCUGCGACAAUUUGUUGGCCCAUGUGCAUCAAUGCAGGAGAAGGAAGAAGAAAAGACGGCGACAAUGCUCCGCCUAUUCCGAUAUGAGGGCUGGGAGGCCAAAGAAGUCGCUGAACCGCACGCCGACCUGGGCCUGCUGAGUGUUGUAGUAGGCAAUGUUCCUGGAUUGGAAGUCUGGGAUGGCAACGCUUGGUUUGAUGUGGAGAGGGAGGUGGAGAGGUCUGGUCGAAAAGGUGCGAGUAUACUUGUUGGCCGUCAACUUCAGCGUUUUUCGAACGGCCGGUAUCCUGCGGGUGGCCAUCGUGUAGUUUCGUACGGACUUCCACCUUCUGGUCCCUCUCCCACUAUCUCGCCCUCCGUUUUGCAAACGGAACAGAAGAGAUAUCGCUUCAGCAUCGUUUUUGUGCUGCGCGCCCAUGAACCUCUGCUCAUACAAUCAUCCACCCUGGAGACAAACAUCACAGGAACAUGGGAUGAGCCGCUUGAAGGUAUUACGGUUGGGAAGAUGUAUGAGCAGAUCAGAGGCAAGCACUUCAACAUAAACAUCGGUGUUGAAGAGAGGGAGAAGCAGAGACAGAAGAUCAGGGGUCCACAAGAUACAUGUGCAAGUGCGGGAUAA